AUGCUGACGCACCGAAACAUCCCGUUCCUCUUUUCGCGCAUACUCAAUCAUUUCGUCCUCAAAAAAGCUCCAAGGGACGGAGGAAAGAAUGAAAACCGUUACCGAAUUCGACUGACAUCCUCCACCACAUUUCAGUCCAUGCCAGAUGUGUUUUCAGCCUCCUCAAGCCGGAAGGAAACGCGUUUUGGUAGCGAGGAAGACUUUCGGGCGGGCCGCUCUCUACCCAUAAUUCCCAGUGACUCUGGCAGCAGACAAGAACGACAACCCACAACGCAGGCCAGCAAAUUGGCAGACGCUGAUGCUAGUCAGUUCAACAAGGAAUACGAAACCGAAAAAAGGCCAGAGAUGGAUCGAUGGCGCAUUACCCACUUUCGUGGGCCUAUUCCAAAGAGCCGAAGCAGCCUCUCCCUUUUCGACAGUACUAAAUCCUAUUCACAAAAGCCUCCUUAUCACCCAAGAUUGCCUCUAGUCGAUGCAGAGGAUCCCAGGCUUGAAGGCGUCUGUACGAAUCGAUCUCUGCCUAAUCUGUUUGACCUCUCAAUCACUCACGAGUCGAGUACUAUGGUGGAGAAGUUUCGGCUAUUUCAGGAUGACGCAUCAGUCUCCUGCGGCUCCUUUAACCGUCUUCUAACGUCAUCCCCGUCUGCUCAACCCUCGCCGAUCCAUCGUCUGACCGCUGGUGACAGAAGAAUCCCGAGUAAACAAUCCCUAUCGUCCAUUCCCAUACACAAAACCACGAGCAUGUAG